CUCUGCUGGAGACCACCGACACCUCACCCCUUAACCACCUCCUGCGCUGCUUUCCUUAGUCUUCAACCCUCAUGCAAAGAUAGUCACGCUCACAGCAGUCAGUUUCACAAAUUCAGUGGCUCGAGGUCGGCGAGUCUCUUCUGAUGUGUUGAGUGACAUAGUUGUUUGGUUAUCUUCUCAAACGCUGUCGGGGGACAACUUUGCAUCACACUGACCCUGGUGGUAGUUUCCUUCUGAUACCGUCGUGGGAGCAGGGCUUUUAAGCUUUCGGCAAGCGGCUGUGUCCAACAUGUUCCUGUUGAGUUUGUACGUGUGUGUCGGCCUCCUGCUCCACCUCCCUCCGUGCACGUACCAGUCCUGCACAGAGGGGACACCCAAACAGUGCCAAGAGGCCGACUUUGCUCCAGGCUCCAAUUUAGCUGGCGAGGGCUUCGAUAUCACCAAGCUGGAGCGUAAGGGGGCUUUCGUGUUGAACAUGAAUACGUGGAAACGCAAGGAUAAGACGUGCACCCUGUGCAGCAACCCUUAUCUGGAGAACAAGAAACAGAAGCUGCCUCUGUCAGUGGUGGACUGGAGGGCCAAACAGUCCUGCAGCGCCAAGGUGGCCUCCAAACUUCACAAGUCCAGCGAGUCCCUGGUCACUUCCAGCUCUUCUUCUGUGGAAAACAACUGGAAGACAAGUCUUGAUGUAGAAGUCAAGGAAAAAGGCAGCUCUGUGAUGCUGGCUGGCACCAACUCCAAGCUGGCUGGUUACUCCAUGGAGAAAAGCAAGAAUGACAAGUUCAGCUUCACAAGCAACAGCAUCUCCUGUGAGUACUACAGCUACAGAGUGUCGGGCACCCCCAAGCUGCACAAGGAAUUUCUCAAAGCAGUGAAGCAGCUUCCCAAAGUCUACAGCCCCGAAUUCAAGCAGCGAUUCUACAAGCUCAUCGACAACUUCGGCACCCAUUACAUCACCAAGGUGAAGCUGGGGGGAGGCGUUGUGUCGGUGACCAGCAUCCGCCAGUGUGAGGCCAGCCUGCAGGGCCUCAGCGCGGAGGAGGUUCAGAUGUGCCUGGAAGCCGAGGCCUCCGUAAGCAUCAAAGUCAAUAUGAAAUCCGAUGCAAAGCAUUGCAAGGGGGACUCUAACAAGAUGGACAAUAAGAAGUCUUUCUCAGACCUCUUUAGUGACAGGUUCACGGAAAUAAAAGGGGGCCACACCACCGAGCCGGAUCUCCUCUUCUCUGCAAACAAAAACCCAGAGGCCUACAAGGAGUGGCUGAACACGCUGCCGCAGAAUCCAGACAUAGUCUCGUACUCCCUGGAGUCGCUCCAUGAACUACUGCCUCUCAACAGCCCUGCCAGGAAGAACCUGCGCUUAGCCAUCAGCCACUACAUCCUGGAGAAGGGCCUGUUGAGGAACUGCAGCGACAAAUGUCGGGCCGGCGUUCGGAGUGACCGACAAGACUCCUGCGUCUGCCAAUGCCACAACGAACCUGCCGUGAACCAGGACUGCUGCCCGACUCGCAAGGGCAUGGCCCGGGUCAUCAUAACGGUGCAGAGGGCUACCGGGCUCUGGGGGGACCACUCCUCGGCCACGGACGGCUACGUGAAGGUGCUUUUCGACAAUCAAUUGGUCCAACGUUCUCGCGUCAUUAACAACAACAACGACCCUCACUGGGCCACGGUGGUCGACCUGGGCGCCCAGGACCUGUCCUCGGGGAAGAAGGUGCGGUUUGAGGUUUGGGAUCAGGACAACAACUGGGACGACGACCUGCUGGGAGACUGUGAGCAGGUCCUGUCGGCCGGAGUUAAGGAGGAUCUGUGCGUUCUGCAGCACGGCCGGUUUUACUUCAAAUGGGAAGUGAAAUGUGCUCCGAAUCUCGGCGGAGAUUUUUGCACGGAGUAUAAAGCUUUGCCUAUGAGUCAAAGUCUGAGGAGCCUGUACGUGUCCCGCCAUGCUCAUCGCAUCCCAAAGCCUGUCCUGGUGAAGAUGGGAGUGUUUGUAGAUGAAACAAGGUCUCCAAGCAACCAGAGUCUGACUGAAUGAGCCGACACAUCUGUUCAUCUUAUUUUUUUAAUCU